ACGGUCGUUCAAGAUGGCGUCAACGACUACAUUUUUAACCAGCUAGCCAGCUUUAGCAAGAUUAUGCGAACUGUCUGUACCGAAAUAGCGACGUAUCCCUCGUGUGAUCCUUAGUACAGGUCAACAGUAACACCUUUGUGUCUGAUACCUUCCCACCCACCUGUUACCAAACACAGCUAACCAGCUAGCUAAUUAGCUGGCUAACUGGCUUGCUAUUUUGUAGCUAAACCAAGUAGCUGGCUGGCUAGGUAGGCAGCUGGGAGGUGUAGUUAGCUAUUUUAGCCAGUGUAGUUGGGAUGUACAUAAAGUUAAUGUUGAUUUGGAGAUUGAUAUGGCGCUAAGAGAGUUAAAAGUUUGCCUGCUUGGGGACACUGGAGUAGGAAAAUCGAGCAUUGUGUGGAGGUUUGUGGAAGACAGCUUUGACCCCAACAUCAAUCCAACAAUUGGGGCAUCGUUUAUGACAAAGACAGUGCAGUACCAGAAUGAACUGCACAAAUUCCUUAUCUGGGAUACAGCAGGCCAGGAAAGGUUUCGAGCCUUGGCACCAAUGUACUACCGCGGCUCUGCAGCAGCCAUUAUUGUGUAUGACAUCACCAAAGAGGAUUCUUUCCAGACGUUGAAGAACUGGGUGAAGGAGCUGCGUCAGCACGGGCCUCCGAACAUCGUGGUGGCGAUCGCAGGGAACAAGUGUGACCUCAGCGAUGCCAGAGAAGUCUCGGAGAAGGAUGCCAAGGACUACGCCGAUUCUAUCCAUGCGAUCUUCGUGGAAACCAGCGCCAAGAACGCAAUUAACAUCAACGAGGUCUUCAUAGAGAUAAGCCAGAGGAUCCCCGUGUCGGAACCAGGAGGCGGGGCGGGGGGAAAGAGCUUCAAACUCCGCCGACAGCCCUCCGAGAGCCGCCGCACCUGCUGCUGACGACCCCCCCCCCCCCCCAACCGUGAAAAGGACCGCUCUCUCCAGACCCCCCCAAACCGUGAAAAGGACCGCUCUCUCCGGACCCCCCCAAACCGUGAAAACGACUGCGAUCUCCGGACCUCCCCAUACCGUGAAAACGACUGCGCUCUCCGGACCCCCCCAAAGUCUGCUCUCCAGACUGAAGACCUCCCCCAUAGUGCAGUCGGGGAACCCGCUGCACUAUGCUUCCAUGUAACCACCCCCCCCCCCCCCCCUUCCUGUCACAGGGUGAUCAUUCUUCGCCCUCCUCAGUCAGCCUCUCGUCAUCAUAACACUCGAGAAAAGGUCGCGGAACCUUCUGGGCGUCCGCCAUUUGGCCUGUCUCGAGCUCAGAGAGCGCACGAAGGGCGUCCCGUCCAGCUUCCAUCCCGCCCCGCCCCAAGCCACCCCCCCCGCUCUCCGGGGUUCUCCCAUUUCAGAGCCUGCUGCCCAAACUGGGGGUCUCCGAUCCAAUCCCACACCCACAAAAUUCCUCUUUCCUUUUAUUAAGCUUAUAAUAAGAAUGCAGUGCAUGCAGGUCUAUUCCCUGCUCAGUUACCGCUGACAUCGCAUGGAGACGCCUUUCCGGGUCCCGCCAUUAUAAGCCCGAAUCUGGCUCUCUGAUGCUCCUCCACGUCCACUGCAGGGGGCUCGCCGCGUAGCCUGUGUUUCUCAACGUCCUUGUGUCCCGCCCUUUAUAGCAACGGCGUCUGGCUGUAAUUGUGCCAAAAAUCUGUCUUCGUGUAGUCCAGUACUUGUUUUCAAAGCUGCUGGUUAUGAGGCGCUGAUAUGUAUAUUUUCCCCCCUCCCUCAACAAACUCGCCACCUUAGUGAGAAACGGGCGGGUCUGUCGAUGCGGGGGGGGGGGGGGAAGGCUGCUUGUCUCUGUCAGCGCAUGCCACACAUUUCAACUCUGCAUGACCUCUGCACCAACAGAGAGCUCAGGGCGGUAAUCCUUAAACAUUUAAGGUUUCUCGAGAGGGAAACUGUUGGAGAUUGUUUAUGAUAACAUUGCCUAGCGAUGCUUGGUAAACGCCCGCGUGUUUGUCUUUGUUUUGAUGGGUUACGUCUGGGUCAGGUGCACACACGGGCUACAUGUUGGGCCGUGGGCCACGGAGUCCUGUCUGAGCUCUGCACUUUGGAGGGAAACCGCGUACGCAAACUGGACUGCGCCUCAGAGGUUUGAUGGAGGCCCCAGGAGGUGGUGGCGGACCGCGUCAUUCGAUCUGUUACCUCGGCUCUGAGGACUGUUCCCGGUCCAAGAGCUCCAGCGACUGGUGUUGGCCUUUUUAGCGGGGCCAGCCUGGGAGGGUGCUGACAGGACUGGCAGCUGGCGCGCACGCGGCCUGAUCGUUUUUCCUUUCGGUCCUCAUUUCGCCUUUUAAUGCACCGGAAAGGGAGUCGGGCUUGGGAAAUCGGUGAAUGGAUUUGCCCGAGUGCAGUUGAGAACACAGCCAGUAAAAUUUGCCUUUUGACGGAAUCCAUUGUCUGAAAUGUUUUAAAAUGCUGUUUUAACCGUUCGUGUUUGUUGGAAAUGACCCUCCUCCGAUCCCUCGCUUUUAAAAAAAAUUUUAUUGAAAUUUUAGAGAAUUUUUUAUUUUGUGAGGUUCUGCCAGUUCUUUAAUUGUCCCAUAAACGUUUUUCGUCUUUCUUAUUCUGUUGGCUUGCGUUUCCCAAAUUGGGUUUUAUCACCUGGCUUGGGUUUAAAACAAAGAAAAUCUGGAAAUGUAGACGUUUCAGGAAGAAUAAGACCACCCUUUUCAAAUCAAAGGUCUUUCUCAAAGACAGCCGGAGUUGAACGCUGGAAAGUACCUGUGGCCCUCCUGACCCAAAUGGGGGUUAGCAGACCAUGGUGUCCUGGUCGACCUCGGCUCUCCAUGGCGACCGCGGCUCUCCAUGGCUACCGCGGCUCUCCAUGGCUACCGCGGCUCUCCAUGGCUACCGCGGCUCUCCAUGGCUACCGCGGCUCUCCAUGGCGACCGCGGCUCUCCAUGGCGACCUCGGCUCUCCAUGGCCGCCGCGACUGCUCCAUGGCGGUAUAACAUGUUCUGUGCAUGCGUGGUUCAGCCCUUUCUCCAGGCAUCGAGCAGUGUUCUUAUUCCACUGACUUCAAUGGCAGCCAUUAAGGCAGGUUCACAUAUGGAGAAAUGUACAUUAAAGAGAAAUAAAUGAGAAUGAUUUCCUCGAAUUUUCCCCAACCACACUGAAACGAAGCAGCAGAAAAAUACCCCCCCUCCCCACUCCAACCCACUGCUAUGCUGUGUGAGAUAAGGGAACUUCCUACACUAUCCUAAGAUGGUGGACUAAGGGGAAAAAGUGUACAUGUGCAACUGUGAGCGAGUGUCGAUAUUUGUCCUUGCUUAGUGUCGCUCUGUGGCUGUCUACACUGCAGUUUAUGCACUCCCCCCACCCAGAAGAAAGGGAAUGCCACUGCUGACACCUGCUGUUCCUGGCCAUUCUGUGAAAGAGUAAACCGGGAACAGUUAAUUUACUGGUUUUACACAAGAGGUUUUAACUGACUUAAAAGGGAAAAAGAAGCAGGUCUGUCCUAUGAAUUAGACCUUUUUUUAAACAUGAUUAUUGGUUCCAAACCAAACCUUGAAAUACACAAACAUUUCUGUGUGAGUGUGUGUGCGUGUGUGUGGUUGUGGGUGGGUGGGUGUUAAGUUACAGGAGUUGAAGGUCAAAUUAUGAAGUUAAGUAUAGAAAUUAUUGAUUAAUUAUGGCAUGAAGAUGAGAUGGGCUCUUGGAUCAACUGCCAGUUUGUAGCUGGAUCCUCCUAACUCAGAAAAACAAGCAGAUUAAUGAAGGAAGUGAGAAGAUGUGAAAACCUUUCGGACCCACGUUGAGCAGGACUCCAGGGGCUUUGUAGAGUAUUGUACAUUCUGGUGGGUAAAAUGGCGGCCUACCUCCCCCAGCCAUCAGCCACAGUCUUUGCUGAAAGUAUGGUACUCAGACAUAUGCAAAGUACCGUUUUAAUCGAGAGUCAUCAGUGUCACUGUUUUACGGAUUCUUGGGUAAUAUUGCAGAAAGCAGACCAACCCAUAAAUUGUGUCACCCCCUCCCGCCCAACACACACACUGUCACACACCAAUUUUGGACUGUGCCAUACAUUGGUAUCUAUGAAGUUGCUGUCUGUGGCUUUUUACGUCUUGCCAGUUUGUUUGUUUUUUUAUUCUUCUUUUUUUACUUUCUUUUACAUAUUUAAAUGACAGUUAGCUGUUCUAGUCUGUGGCAGUUCAGGGGUUUAGUGAAAGGGAUUUUUUUCCUGAAAGAAGUGUAGCCAUUUCUGUGCAAUAUUAAUAUAUCCUACUUGUUAUGUCUGCGCAAUAGAAUUACCAAAGUGUGACAGCGCUUGGCAUUGUCUGCCAGGCUGAUGAUCCCUUCUCCCUUCCUGUACAAAUUCAGAAUUAAUCUCCAUUUACAGGCAGACUUGCUUAGGAUCUCUGAGUUUCACUUCAAACUGUACAGAUAAUUGUGAUUUGCUGGUUGUAAUUUCAGAUGGUGUUCUUGCCAGUAGGAAAUCUCUUGCAGCUUUAGAGGGCAGGAUGCCGUUCUCAUUACAGUGCAAUGGAAAAUAAAACUCUAAAGCUCGGUACUUGCAGUUGCACUUUUUAAUACUUUUCUCUUUCAAUGUGGGAAGUUUUGUGUACUGUUAUUUGUGUUUGGUCCCUGAUAUACUGAGUUAAUGUGUCUUUACGGCCUUUCUUUCUCACUAGAAACUGAAAUUCCUCUCCUUAAGAAACCUGAUUUUAACCAUGUUAUAAAAAUGUUUCCUUCCAUCACUGUGCUUUAUACCACUGCAAGUGGGUCUCGCACUGUUUGAAGAACUUCAAAUUAAUUUGACUCGUAGUCCUUUGUCCAGAAAUUGGAUUGCAUGUCAUUGUAUUUAAUCGCUGAGUCAUUUCUUCCUCUUCUACUCUUAAGUCUCUGCUCAAUGCGAAGUUAAAAAUCUUUUUUUUGAACUAUAACGCAGAACAAUGUUCCUGUUUCCAUUCAUAUUUGCAGUCAUAAUGAUACAUUGUAAGGCGACUUCAGUGCGUAGCAGCUGUGUAAUAUGUAACCGCUUAUGUCUGGUGUGACCCUGGACGGUUUCAGUUUCAGCAGAUGGAACGUGACACCUGCUUGUGAUUAUGUAGUGAUCAGUCCGCGAUCGCCAGUCUUGUACGAGCGGUGUUUCGGAGAAUCGGCACGUCUUGCUUUGGGCUGGCCCUAAGGGAGUGCUGCUGGGGCAGUAGAUUUAGGUACCGUGUCCAUGUGCAUACUGUAGAACAAGUCAACAUGUAUAAAUAUGAAUCAAUACUUACUAUUCCUUCAGAUGGUGUGCUGUAUUACUCUGUUAUUUACUUUUAUUAGUUUGCAUUGCAGAAGCACCACCACUGGCAUAUUCCACCUUUAAACCUUGUCAUUAAUCGGCUUUAUUGUUUUCCCAUUUCAUAAUGAUUGUAUACAACAGAAAGCUUGAAACAACUUGUUCACUGUGUAUUUUUGAAUGUGCAAAAGGGAAACACCAAGCUAUUUACUAAUAAAAGUUUUUAAAAAAUCA